AUGGCAACAACACCAAACCAAACCAAAACUCAAAAGUCUUCAGGAGGAGGAGGAGGGGUCAACGUCAGUAAUAACAACAAUAAAUCCAGCAAAAAAAUAAAAUCAAAACGUCCGGGACGUAAAACAGCCUCGAAGACAAAGGUGGUAGUUCGUCGUCUCCCACCGAAUGUGCCCGAGGAAAAGUUUAUGGAAUCGGUCAAGCCAUGGGUGAAUGAAAAAACCAUAGAUUGGCAUAGAUUUCAUCCGGGGAGAACUGACGAAAUGGUGUUAGAAUUUCAUCGUGAAUACGAUAAUCACUUGUUUGUCGAUAGCAAAGGAAAUGAAACGAGAGCAGUCGUAGAAUUUGCACCUUUUCAAAAACUUCCUAAAGAACGUAAGAAACCUGAUCCACGACAAGGCACAAUCGAAUCGGAUCCAGAUUAUCUCGCGUUUGUUGAAUCAUUGAAAGCCGAAGAAAAUGCACAGAUAGCAUCUAAAGAGGCAACCAUGCAAGAAGGUGGUACCCAAUUGGAAAAAUUAGAAACAAGAUUAGCAAUAGCGGCUGCCAAUGCAGCAGCUGCCGCGGCUGCUACCGAAAAACCUAAAACCACCCCACUACUUGAACAUCUACGCGCGAUUAAAUCGGGUCUUAAAGUGAAAGCACCGUCACCAAAAACAAUUAUAAAAUCAUCGUCAUCGUCCGCAAGUGUCAUGUCUCCGUCAACUCCCAAACUUGGUAAUAAUGGGGGAGGACACAACAGUGGAUCGAAACAAUCAAAAAAUUUUAAUGGGAACGGAUCUCCCGAUGGUUUUUUAUCGAGAACUUCUCCACCGUCAGCUUCUGCAAAGUUGACAGUGGAAACAUCAACUAAUUCACCUGCUUCAGAAAAGAAAUUUGAUGCUAGAGAAAGGGAACGCGAAAGAGAGCGAGAUGCUAAAAGAAAAUUUUCUAUUCAGCCGCAACAAAAAGAUAAAAUUCGUCAGAUUAUUCAACGUCCUGCUCCUAAAAAAGAAGAUGAACCAGAGACGAUAGAGAACCAAUCAACUACAUCUUCCGUUGAUUCUAAAGUCUCUGAAACAGAUAAAGCAUCACAGACCGCUGUAAGAGCUGAAUCAUCACCAUCCCCAAUUCAACCUUCUACUACAUCAUCUUCGUCAUAUAACACACCUAGGGGUCCUCCAGUUCCUCCUAAAAGACCUAAAGAUCAUGGUCAUCCUCGUCGUCGUGAAAGAGAACGAAAUAAGAGAAUGAUUGCUGAGGCGAAAACACCUGGUCAAAUAAAGAUUUUGACUAAACCACAAGCACAGAAAUCCGAAAAUAAUAAUCCUACUACUUCCUCAUCAUCAAAUGCAACUGCAGCUCCAUCGACUUCUGUAACAACAAAGGAGGACGUGGUGGCAGAGGUUAUUUUUCAAGACGUGGAAGGUGGUAGCAAAUAUCAAAAAGCUAAUCUAUAUAUAUCUGCUAUCAAAACACUAGUUAUGAUCAAAACUUAUAAAUCUAUAAUGAAUGUGUUGCUACUUUCGAUAAAAGUUAUCAAAUUGCUAAAUUGA